AUGUCUUCCUUCACCCUACAGAAAGUACUGCUAUCCCUCCUGCUCCUAGCAAACGUCGUCAUCGCCGUCCGCUUCAGUUUCACCAUCCAGGAAGUACACGUCGGGGUCACCCGUGACUUGCAAGAAGACGACCUGCUUCUCGCUAUCGCCUCAACAGCAGGCAGCAACACCAUCAAGAACUCUUGGCUUGUUGGCGAGGUCGAAGCCGAUGCUAUCGUUGCGGCAAACGAUACCGUCAAGUACACGCAGGAGAUCGAUGUUCCCGAUGCUGCUUUGAACCUGUCUGUAGCCAUUGGCGGCUUGAACACAGAUGAUGAAGAUGAGGAGUUGGCUUUCAACUUUGUGGAAGGCAUAGCCGCCGUCGCUGCCGCAAUCCCAGGUCCGCAAGCCCUCCCGGCUAAACUCCUCAGCAUCGUGCUCGGUGUCAUCGGAAACCCCUUGAACUGCACCGGUCCAGUCAUCGUUGGUAAUGCCCUGUAUACCAAAGACCAGAUGGACGAGCUCGAGCAGAACAAGCCCACAUGCGAGACCAAGGAAUACGGAUACGACACUCCAUUCGCUUGUGCACCUACCGGUCAAAAUUCGAGCUACUCUGUUACCUAUUGUCUUGAGCGACUUGACGCCAAGUCUGCAGCGGCGGCCAGCUCACCGAGUCUGUUUGCUCUGGUAAUGAGCCUUGCGGUUGCUGUCGUCUACAGUGGCUUGUGA